UAGAGUGAAUAUGAACCUUCACAUUUAAUUUCAACUCCAACCUAUCGUCAGAAUUUUCAGACAUCAAAUGUCACACAUUACACAAAACAGAUAUACACCUGCCUGAAAAUGGCAAACUUCCGCCGCCGUGCCGGAGUUUGGGGCUUCCUCUUCCCACUCACCCUCCUCCCGCUCCUCGCCGCUUCGAUUGACCUAAUUACCACCACCCAAUUCAUCGCCGGAGACCAAACCCUAGUCUCCGCCGGCGAGGAGUUUGAGCUUGGUUUCUUCCUCUCCGGCAAGUCAACCACUAACUGGUACGUCGGAAUUUGGUACAAGAAGAUCGGAGAAAAAACCAUUGUCUGGGUCGCCAACAGAGAUUCGCCGGUCGUGAAUUCGUCGGGGGUUUUUAAAAUCAGCUCAGGCGACGGAAAUUUGGUGCUACUCGACAAAUCAGGAAAAUCCGUGUGGUCGUCGAACUAUCCAAACAAAAACGAGAAAACGGUCGCGGAAUUACUUGACAACGGAAAUCUCGUUCUCCGGCGGGAGAACGACGAGAAUCCGACGAACUAUUUAUGGCAGAGCUUCGACCAUCCGACGGACACAUUGCUGCCGGGGAUGAAAUUAGGAUGGGACUCCCGGACCGGCCUGGACCGGUACAUAACCUCCUGGAAAAGCUCCGACGACCCGUCGACCGGCGACUGCAGUUUCCGGCUCAACACCCACGGUUUCCCGGAGAUAUAUUUGACCGACCGGCGGGUGGUGAAAUACCGGAGCGGUCCGUGGAACGGCCUCCGGUUCAGCGGCGUUCCGGAAAUGAAAACCAGUUCGUUCAUGUCGUUCCGAUUUGUGAUGAAUUCCGACGAAGUUUCUUACUCCUUUCAUUUGAGCAACCGGUCGGUUUAUUCGAGAUUGGUGAUGCGGUCCACCGGUUUGCUGCAGCGGUUCACGUGGAUUUCGAACAGCCGGUCGUGGAAUCUGUACUGGUACGCGCCGAAGGACCAGUGUGAUAUUUACAGGGAAUGUGGGGUCCACGGGAUUUGCGACACGAAUGCUUCGCCGGUCUGCAAUUGCCUGCGCGGAUUCCGGCCGGGUAACCCGUCGGCGUGGAAUUUGCGAGACGGGUCGGGCGGGUGCGUCCGGAUCCGGGAAUUGGAUUGUCGGACCGACGGGUUUUUUCAACUGCGUAACGUGAAGUUGCCGGAGAGUGGGGCGGCGUUCGUCGACGAGGAAAUGGGGUUGGACGGCUGCCGGGAACUCUGCCGGAGGAACUGCUCCUGCCGGGGGUUUUCGAGCGUGAACAUCACCGGCGGCGGGAGCGGGUGCGCAAUCUGGGCGGGGGAUCUCUACGAUAUGCGGCAGUACGCGGCGGCGGAGGGCGGCCAGGACUUCUUCCUCCGGGUGGCCGCCGCCGAUUUAGAACGAGCUGCAAAUGCUGGGUCGAGCGAUCGCCGUUCUAGCAAGAGUAUACAAGCCAUCGAGAUCGCGGCCAUUGUUGCCGGCAUUGGUGUUUUGCUUGUUGGGGCAGCCAUGUUCUUUGUGUGGAGAAGGAGCAAAUCGAAGAGUUCACCGAGGAAUAUUUUCGAGCCAAGAGGUUCGAGGGAAAGAAGUAGAGACAUUCUUCUGAACGCACCAACAAUCCCGAGCAAAAGAGAUAAACCCUCCGAAACAGAUGCAGAUGAGCUUGAGUUACCACUGUUUGAUCUCGACACAUUGGCGAUUGCAACAGCCGAAUUUUCUGAUGACUACAAGCUCGGAAAGGGCGGUUUCGGAUCUGUCUACAAGGGAUUGCUCGGAGGACAGGAGGUAGCAGUGAAACGCCUGUCGAAAACUUCAGGACAGGGAGCCGAAGAAUUCAAGAAUGAAGUGAAAUUGAUCGCCCGGCUCCAGCAUAGGAACCUCGUACGCCUGCUCGGAUGCUGCGUUGAGAUGGAGGAGAAGAUGUUGGUGUAUGAAUACAUGGAAAAUAAAAGCCUGGAUUCGAUUUUGUUCAAUAAGGAUAAAAGUGCGGCGCUCACUUGGGAGAGACGGUUCAACAUCAUAUGCGGGAUUGCGCGAGGGCUUCUGUAUCUGCACCAUGAUUCGCGGGUGAGAAUCAUCCACAGGGAUCUGAAAGCCAGCAACAUUCUCCUGGAUAAAGAAAUGAACCCCAAAAUAUCAGAUUUCGGCAUGGCUAGAAUCUUCGGGGGCGAUCAGACAGAAGCCGAGACUAAAAGAGUGGUCGGAACAUACGGUUACAUGUCGCCGGAAUAUGCUAUGGACGGCCACUUCUCGAUCAAAUCGGACGUCUUCAGCUUUGGAGUUCUCGUGCUGGAGAUUGUGAGCGGGAAGAAGAACAGGGGAUUCUACCAAACAAACAACCAGCUGAAUCUUCUAGCAUAUGCCUGGAAACUGUACAAGGAGGGAAGAGCCCUGGAAGUGGUGGAUCGAGCCGCCGGAGAAUCCUUUCCGGCGAGUGAAGUGAUGCGAUGCAUACAAGUCGGGCUGCUGUGUGUCCAGGAGCAGGCGGAGGAUCGGCCCACCAUGUCCACCGCCGUCGUGAUGCUCAGUAGCGACUUCGUGUCAUUGCCGCCGGCGAAGCAUCCCGGCUACUGCCUGGGGAGACGGCCGGCGGAAACGGAGUCUACCUCCGGCAAACUGGAUGAAUCCUGCACUGUCAAUUUAGUUACCGUUACUAUGAUCGACGGUCGAUAGUUAGUCAUUCAAUCCGUUAAUGGAUAUACAA